UUUUAAUGUAAACAAGGAGAUGUCUUUAUGUGCGUCCCAACUAGUCCUAUCUUUCAUGCUUCCUCCCUACCGAGGAUACCGGAGCCAAGUAAGCGCGUGAUGACCUUUGGCGUGGUUUAUUAAUAUAAUUUGUCCAGUAGCGUACGUACGUCGCCUCAGGAAAUUGUACAAAGAGGCUAUACACACGUUUAAUCCCAUAUAUCUGAAACUAGUAUCACAAAAACAGCGGGAAAAGUUACGUGCACCUUGCUGUGUUCUUUAUGAAUGAGUCAGAGACCUAUCCGAACGGCUACACACAAACGGACCCGCUUACCUAUAUUUGGCUUAUCACACCUAUCAGCUCGCAGUCGCUAUCACCCCUUGAGUAGAGCCUAAAUGGACUGACCCAAAGUUUCGGCGAUGGAGUACUAGAGAUUGGUAUGGUGCAGAAGCUGCUAGGGAGCUACCAAGAUGUGGAUGUUACAGUCUUAAAACGCCAAAAAGUAUUUUUAGAAUCAACAAAGGAAGACAAAGUUUGGGAGAUUUAUUAUAUGUUCUUAACCGGCUAUUAAUUGUGAUAUAUUCUAUAUUGUGAUAAGUUUUGGAAGUUAAAAUCUUUCGGAGUUGGAUAUAAUGUGUGUUUUGUGUGGAGCCAAUAUGCUUGUAAGGCUGAGAUGUACGUGUAGGGUAGUAUCCUAUGUGUUUUUAUGUGUUUUGCUCCUCUUCAUUGACUCGGCUCGAGGAUUUAACCUAGAAGUGGAGUUUCCAGACGUCCGGACAGGCAGUCCGGGGAGCAUGUUCGGUUACUCUGUAGCUCAACACAUCGACCAAGGAGAGGGAUGGCUUCUGGUUGGUUCUCCAACGGCUGCCACUCAACAGGCCGGUAUUAUCAGAGGUGGCGCCGUCUACAGGUGUCGGGCGAACAACACGGCCGAUAACUGUUCCAUAAUUCCGUUUGAUGAACGAGGUAACUCAAACCAGUUUAAUGGCACAUUAUAUUUAGCUAUAGAAGACAAGUCCCAUCAGUGGUUUGGGGCCACAGUGGCAAGUUCUGGAAACGAUGGAAAUAUCUUGGCAUGUGCACCACGGUAUGUUUACAAAUCUCCCAAGGCAGACAAGAGAGCACCUGUUGGCACGUGUUACCUGGCCAGAUACAAUACAUUCCAGGAGUUCACUCCCUGUAAAUCCUCGGUUGAUCUGAAUCCAAAUAGCGUAGACCAACAUAACAACCAGGGUUCUUGUCAAGCCGGCUUCUCUAUAUCCAUGUCAAACAAUGGAGAAAGGCUUUUGAUCGGCGCACCUGGGGCCUAUUAUUGGCAAGGACAAGUACACAAUAUAUAUCUUGACAGAGGGAACUCUAGGAAAGACACCGGAGAAGAACCGCAGGCAUCAGACGACAGUUAUAGAGGCUAUUCCAGUGCAGUGGGCAGGUUUGAUGCAGACGAAGAAGAUGAUUAUGUUGUGGGUGUGCCCAGAGCAGAAUUUCUUCUUGGGAAGGUGGAGCUUUGGACUCAGAAUAUGACAUCUAUCCGAAACAUCUCAGGAGAACAGAUUGGGGCGUACUUCGGCUAUGCACUUGCAGUAGAAGAUCUGGAUGGUAACAAACUCCAUGACAUCAUUGUUGGUGCACCAUUUUAUUCUGACUACAGUUCCACGAAAUCGUACGACACUGGCAGAGUGUACAUUUACUACCAAAAUAAACAGGGCGAGUUCUCAACUUCAGACAUCGUAGAGACGGAGGUUAGACAAUUCCGGCCCAAUAGGAGAACACGAUACGACAUUUUGGACGGACACUCACCAAAGUCUAGGUUUGGGUCAGCUCUGAUUGGAUUGGGUGACUUAAACAUAGACGGAUUUAAAGAUCUAGCUGUAGGGGCUCCAUAUGGGGGCCGAGAAAAUAGAGGAGCAGUUUACAUAUACCUUGGGUCAGAGAGAGGCAUAGUUACAAAGGUGUCACAGGUUAUAGAAGGUGUCGACCUCAAACCAAACAUAGGUACAUUUGGCUGGUCACUAUCUGGUGGUCAAGAUCUGGAUGGCAACCGAUAUCCAGAUUUGCUAGUUGGAGCUUAUUCUUCAAACAAUGCUGUAUACCUAAAAGCUCGUCCAAUUGUAUAUGUUGCUGCAAGCUUAAAGAUUGACCCAAAGAAAAUUUCUCUGGAUCGUAAAGUUUGUAAUUAUAAGGGAUCCACUGCUUCCCACAAAGUCACAUGUGUGACCUUGUUUACCUGUAUUAAGUAUGAUGGUAUAGGAGUGCCUCGGCAGCUAGUUUUUGAUCUGUCCUGGAAGUUUGAUGUUGAUAAGAAUACUUUAGAUGCCAAACGUUUGUACCAACUUAAUACAAACCAAGUGGUGGAAUACGUCAACAACAAACGGCUCACGAAAAACAAGGCCUGGUGUCAGAACUCUUUUGUAUAUAUCAGGAAUGACAUAAGGGACAAGCUUUCACCGAUCAAUGUCCAGUUUGAGUUUAAACUUAAGAAGAGGAGCCUGUCCCGUCGUCGGCGGUCACUACAGCCAAUCCUUGACCAGUACACACCCACGUUAGUAAACACUACGGGCCAUAUACAGAAAGAAUGUGGAGAGGACGAGCAGUGUAUUCCUGAUGUAUGGGGCACAGCUUACACGUUUACUGACAACGUCAAACUUGGCAGCACCAGUAAUAUAGAUAUCGUUGUCCAUCUUGAAAACCGAGGGGAGGGAGCUUUUGAGACUAUGCUGUACAUUGAGCUGCCAAGGGGAGUCCAGUACAACGGUAUUCAGGACAGAAAGUUUACCAUUCCAUUUUCCUGUGAUAGAUAUACAACAAAUGAAACAAACCUGGUUACAUGUGAUAUGGGGAAUCCACUCCCAACCAAGGCAAAGGCAAACUUUACAUUACGUGUAACCCCAGGAGACAUUGAUGGAAAUAUGGAUAGACUUAUGUUUAAAUUUGUCAUCAACAGUUCAAACGCAGAGCUCAACUCGACAUACAGUGACAACACAUUCAUGGUGGGCAUUCCCGUAAUCCAGUCAGCCGACAUCAUCAUCAUUGGUCGUCUCGGGGAAAACCAGACAGAACAGAUCAUCUACAACGAUACAGGGGUGGCCACAUUUAAACACAGUAUCUAUGGGCCCGCAGUCGUACACGAAUAUGACGUGAGGAACUUGGGUCCCAGUGAUAUCAAAGAGAGUAUGAUCGAUAUUUACUGGCCGAGCUUCGACGAGGUUGGUCGUAACCUGCUAUACCUAACCCAUACACCCGAGGUGAUUGGGCAGCAAAACAGCCUCUGUGAAACAAUUGUUAUAACGCCAUUUAAUUCUUCAUUAAUAGUUUGGUACAGUGAAUUCAACAAAGAGGGGCAGAAGAUGGAUGUAGUCAUGGCAAAACAUCAGGCAGAGGCCCGGAGGAAACGUCGGUCAUUAGAUGCUCAGACAGGGUCAAGAGUCAGUCGAGACAGCAGCAACAAAAUAGUAUGUAACAAGAACUGGUGUACUAUCAUAAGAUGUAAGCUUGGGUACAUGAAACCUCAGGACUCCGCGGUGGUGAGGAUACGAUCACGAAUCUGGACCGAUACCCUUGUAAAGAGUGGACUUACCAGUGAGCCGUAUUUAAUAACAUCCCAGGCUGUAGCCGAGGUCAGAAAAAUGCCAUACGACACACGAGUAGCCAACCAGACAUAUACUAUAGCCACGUAUGAAAUUGGCUCAUAUGUAAAUGCCAAAAAAUUAGCUCCACAACCUAAAUCUGUUGAAUCCUGGGUCAUCGUUGUAGCUGUGUCAGCCGGUCUCCUACUACUUUUGUUAUUAAUAGUUCUACUGUGGUGGUGUGGAUUUUUCCGAAGGAAGAGACGAGAACAAGAAGAGACUUAUGCAUCAAAACCUUUAAUGACGAACGGAGCUAACAAUACGAAAUAUGAUAUCAAUUCCAAGCGAUAUGAAUAACUCCAGUUUUACUGUUAGGGUUUAAUUAAAGUGCAUUUUUAUUAAGUAAUUCAGAAUUUUGAUAAAAGCAAAUGAUUUGAGAAAGAAAUAGAUAAACAUGUAGAUAUGAUUCUGAAAUGAUAGCAAGUUUCUGUACAUGAUUCUACAUGAAUAAUUAUAAAAGCUAAAAUAUGUCGGAGUCGGGGAAUUUCCUGCUGAUAAUUUUUUUUUUUUUCUAGCCUUACCAGAAAAUGUGUAUGUUUCUCAUGCAACUUGUAAAAUUUAUGAUGACAACUUUAUGUAGAGUUUUUUUAUUAUAAAUUGUAAAACUUUAUUUAUUGUCUUUUUGGUUUUCCCAUAAUUUUGAUAUUUCAUGCAGGCUGAAAUAACAGCAAAUUGAAAAAAAAUUAUAAUUUAGUCUUGUUACUGAAAAUUGCCAAAAUUGAUUGACUAAAUCCUUAACCCAGUUUGUUUUAAUAAGGACAUUUUUUCAUGUUAGAAAUGUUUAAGUUAGUUUUAGCUGGAGGUGGAACAUGAUACCACAGCUAUAUAUAAUUAUGAGUAUAGUACCUUCCUGAAUUGUUAUAAUAUGGAUAAUUCAUUAAUAAUGUAUCAGGCAUUUAAAAGUUGCACAAAAUUCUUACGGGAUGAUGAUUAUUAUUACAAAUCGUAAUUACCUGUUAAUGAAAUGUAAUUAAAAUGAAGCAAGUUUCGACCCGUUAACAUAUUAAGUAAAUCUUUUUCCUUUAAUUAAUGUCCUUAUUUUUGAUUAUAACUAGAUGAUGAAAUGAGUGAUUAUGAUAUAUUUUACCCAGAACUUAGAUUAAAUCUGUAAUCCAAUUAUGCAAUUGUACUAACUGCUCAUACUUGUGGACAAAUUUAAAUUUUAAAAUUAGAGAAUAUUAAAAACAUUAAUUGAUAUUUUAUGUAAAAUGAUAAAGGUCGGAUAUGAACGAGAGUUUCCCUCUAAAACGGGGAGAGUAGGCAGGUACUUGUAUGCAAUAUUGAAAUAAUAUUUGUUAGAGAACUUGGCUUUUGCUUGAGGUAUUUUAAAUUCCUGGACAUUACACUGCCAUUGAGAUGCUGGUAAUCCCAGUCCAUAUAUACAAGGGAUGUCCCUGUUUGAAGAUAUUUAACUGAUGUACAUAUAUAUAUAUUGGUUCAAUUGAAAUGUUUAUUUAUGAAUGAGAAUGAUCUGAAUGUUUUUUAGUUAAUUUAUAUUUGUGCUGCCAUUAAAAAUGUGUUGUCAUAGUGAAUUUAUAAAUGUGUUCUGAAAACCAUUUUACUUUCUCAUAAUUUGGUCAUUUUCAUCAACUUUCAUAUGUAAUGUGCAUUGUAUGUUCAGUGUAUUUUGUAUUGAAAACAAGUAUAUACUUACUUUUAAUUUCAAUUGAAAGUAACAGAUAAAGGGAGACUGAAGAAAUGGUCUACUGAAGUCACUUCAAAGUAAUUAAUGAAAUUUCAUCAUAUGUUUAAUUAAAAAUACGUGAAUUAUUCCAAUGUCAAUUUAAGAAUGCAAGUGCAAAAAAAAAAAAAAAAAAAUCCUAAAAGUCCUCAAGCUUCUUUCAUGUGAUGAUUACUAGAAUGCAGCUAGUUCCAUUGCAUGAAAGUUUGAAUUAUAUUAGUUCACAGAUUUCUGGAGAUAUUCAUUUGAUAUUAUAUCUAACAUGACAUGACUACAUUUAUGUUGGACAUGUCGGUUAUGUUCUCCCAUUACACUGAACACGACUAUUAUCAGUUUUCCAUGUAUAUAAUGCAUUUUCGGUUACAAUAAAUUAUUAGAGUAAAUCUUCAUUUAUGAAUUAAGAUCACUAACCUUGAUGUUUAUGGUCGGAUCAAAUCCUCAAUAAACGUCGGAGAUCAUAACACAUAUAUACAAGUAUAUACUAGUUAUUAUAUGGCUUUGGUAAGUAUAGCAUCUUGUGUUAAGAAUGUUUGAGAUGGAUGGAAGUGAGUUAACAGUUAUUCAUACUGUGUAUGUUUUGACCAGGUACAUAGUUAUGUACUUAGAUUUUGUGUGUGAAUGAAGUUUCUGACAGGAAUAUUUAUUUAUAAUCCGUAUCCAUCUUUAUAUUCAGCUUUAUAUAAAUGCUACAUUUCACCCAGUGGAACCAAGACUUGUCCAGUGGUAAAUGGUCAUUACCUUCAGAAAAAUUCGCUCACAGGGACUUGACACUAUUUUCUAACCUGGUGUCUGUUUUAUGUAUAUUUCUAUAAUAUAAAUAUGUGGCCAGUUGGUUCAUUUGUCAAGUCCCUGUGCUUUAACUCACAGAGACUUGACAUUAUUUCCUAACCACACGUCCAUGUUACUUGUGUAUACUACAAUUAUAUGGCCAGUUGGUUGGAUUGUCAAGUUCCUGUGCUUUCCUACCUUGUGUCCAUGUUACGUGUGUAUCUAUACUACAAUUAUAUGGCCAGUUGGUUGGGUUGAUAAAUCGCUGUACUUAAGCUUGAAAUUCACGUAUACAAAGGUAUACAUCUGUACUUACUGGUUGAAAUGUAGUCAAUGUCUUGUUCUCCGUCCAGUUCAUACUCUCGCUUCAUCAUUACUUAAUGAUCACACGUGUUACAACGGAUACAUUAAAUCUGAUGACUAACUAAAAUACAUGUGUCUGCAGUAUGUAUCACUCACAGUACAUAAUCUCUAUAAAAAGGGUAGUGGAAGGAAGACCUCUUCUAUAUCCUUGGUGAAAGUGAACUGUAUCCUUAGAUAUGUGAACCAUCCUCAUCAUCAAACACAUAUAAGUUGUCUACAUCCUCUGUUCAAGGUCCCAUCAUUCUUUGGUUGGUUGGAAAGUUCACUUUGAAAGUAGAACCCUGGGAUUUUCGCUUUUUGACUUAAUAACUUUUGAAAUUAUUGACAAUGAAAUGCAAGGAUAUUUUUCUAUGUGUAUUGCACUAAUUAGGAAAAUGAAAAUGUGGGAAAAUGUGGACAAAGUAUCAAAGACAGUUAAACAACAAGCAAAACCAACAUUUAUAUGCUAUAUGUUGAAGUGUUUGGUCAAAAUGUUAAUAAAAACAUCGUUAAGAAGUGAUAGAUUGAAAAACAGUUAAAAUGACGGAUAUUGGUCUUAAUAAUGUUAACAAGAACAUCAUUCUGAAGUGAUAGAUUGAAAAACAGUUAAAAUGACAGGAUAUUGGUCUUCAAAAUUAUUUUAGUUGUGAGUGGAAUAAUUGUCCCUUAAAUGUGUAUAGUACUUCAUUAUGCUGUGAUGUAUAUUCUUUAUAAUCUGUCAUUAUGAUCCAACACUCACAUAUAUAAGGAACUGCUUGACACUUACAUAUAUAAGGAACUGCUUGAUUCUAACACUGUAUAACAAACAUUGAGAAAUUACAAUUAUAACAUCUCUCUGACUACAAGUUCUUCAUCUUCUAACAGAAUUCAGAUUUUGUUUAUAUGACAGUGUCCUUAUUUAUGGCAAACACACAUUUAUUUCGAAAACGUUUUUAGAACUUAAGACUUCUACAGAGAAGAUAACAUAUAGUUAAAUGGUGACCUUGAACUUGUGACCUUGAACAGCGUUUGACAUUUUGUUUCACUCACAACAGUAUGUAGACGUUGGCUGAUUUUGACAAAUGUUCCAUUGUGUUUUAUACAAUAGAUUUUUAGUCCAUUAUUGUACAGUUUAUUACAUCAUGCAAUGUAUUUAUUUACGGUCAUUUUCAUACAUUUGAUUUGAUAUUGUAUGGUGCAUUAUGUCGUUGUAAAGUGUUGUCGGUGAUAUGGUUUUAAUGAAUGUAUGUUGAUCAGAAAGCAUUGAUCAUAUGUUCAUAUUUUGUAUAUAUACGGGCUUCCAAGUACGACAGCUCAGAAACCGUCAAUGAGAAAAUAUUGUCCAAGUCUUUUAGAUGGUUGAUCACAGAUCAUUACAUAUUCAGUAAAAAAAAUCAACACAAGGUUUAAAAUAAGAAGAAGUUUCACUCUUCUAUUUUUACUAAGAUUAUUAUGCAAUUGUUUAUUCAGUUUGAUUUUGGGAGUAGCGAUUAUCACAAACAUUUGGCUUUCUCACGAAAAUUUGAAUAUUUUGUGUGUAUCAAAAGAUAUCUUUUCUAUCAAUUUUAAUGCCAUUCUAGGUAUAUGAAGUUUAAAAAUAGUUCAAGUUAGGAUAUUCUUCAGAAAUACUGUUUAUUACAAUUCUUUUGAAGCGAUGAGGUUGCAAAUUUUUCGACUUGCUAUGUUGACGGAAAUUUCUUCUAAAGCGGUGUACAAAUUGUUUGUCAAUUCAUGCAGUUAUCUAGAUGCAUAUAUUUUUGUGAUAUAUAGAUAUUUUAUAUAUAUGUGUUGUAUGAUAUGUACCAUCUGUUCACCUUGACCCGGGAGUAAUGAGCAUUGUUUUAUAUAUGUUUAUUAGUCAGCAUUAGAAUUACCAGAUAAAUGGUUUUGCUGUGCAUUGUCGUUUGCUCGUGUAUGCAGGUGUGAGAGGUGUGCGACAUGGAAAUAUGUAAUUUAUAGAAGAGAAGAUUGAAAGGAAUGAAUAAAUAUGUGUAUAAAAGGACUAACCGAUAGAUGUUUAACUGUCAAUUAUUCAGCUGGCUUUUAUACGAGUAGAUGCUACUUCCUCUAGAACUGCUCAACAGAUGAUGAACUUAUCUCUCAAAUUGAAUCAAAGUACAUCAUAAUUAUUGUCAUAAAUGUAAAUACAAUUACCAAAAUGGUCUGUUAGUGAAAGGAAAUUUAGGGAAUGUAAUAGACUAUAAUCCAAACACAACGAACGGAUAAGUUUUAUAGAGAAAUAAGCUUGAUUCAUAUUAUGGCUUUUGAAUAUAAUUGAUUUUAUAGAUAAUGGACGUAAACUUUAAGAAGUAUAUAUGGCUUUUGAAUAUAAACAUAAUUAAAGUUUGUUAAAUAAAAAUGUUUUGGCAUUCUGAGCAAUUUGAACUAUAGAUGUUUACAUUAUAAUGUCUUUAGACUGUUUUAGAUCUAGAUUACUGCCCUAUAACAAUACCAUUAACAAUAUGUCGAAAGACUUACAUUAUAUCAUAUAAUGUUUCAAUUUAAAACUAUUGCAUUUCCGAGUUUGUCUCUGUCAAUAAACGAAACGCACAUUAACCUUUUUCUUGUAUCGACUAUUUGAUUGAAUUGUGUACAUGUUUGCUUAGUAAGAUUGGUGAAGUUUCUAUCGAGUUCGGUGUGAGCGGUUUGUAAAGGUCGUGUGAAGGUCAUAUAACGGAGUGAUUUAUAUGUAAAUGUCGUUAGAUUAUUAUAUUGGCGUAACAUUCACAUGCUAAGAUGUUUAAAAUAAACUGAUUUUUACAAAA